CGGGUCUUCCUAAUGUCCUCUUGAUCAUAGGAGCGCUGGUUCUGCUAGUUGCAAUAGCAGCCUCUGUUAUACUUUAUCAGUCCUUCCGAGUUGAUAUUGUCCUAUUGUAUCGGGAGAUAUUUCAGCCCUACUCAGUCAAGGAUGAUGGGAAGAUAUAUGAUGCAUAUGUUAUCUACCCUAGAAACCAUACCAAUGAAGCUAAUUUUGUGGAAUAUUUUGUUUACCAAAUCAUGCCAGAUAUUCUAGAAAAUCAAUGUGGCUAUAAACUGUGUAUUUAUGGGAGAGACAUAUAUCCUGGAGAAGAUACAGCCAGUGCAAUUGAGAAGAGGAUGCAGAAGAGCAGAAGGCUGAUCAUCCUUCUAACACAACAGCUGAUUAAUUGCAAAGAAUCUGCUUAUGAUCAACACCUUGCUUUACACAGUGCCCUAAUUCAAAAUGAUACAAAGGUGAUCCUGCUGGAAAUGGAGACCAUUGGGACUUAUGAGAAGCUUCAGGAAUCUCUCAGGUUUGUUAUUAAGCAGCAAGAUGAAAGUUCAGAAACUUGA